AUCACGGGUGGCUGCUGCAGCUGUGAGGGCUACAAAUACAGCACAUGGUAGCGUUUGGUAGCUGCUUGUAGCGACGGACACCAGCGGGCCUCUUACUCCGAGCUUGUCUGCAGUUUAGAAGUUCAACUUGUGCAACUUUUGCGUCGUUGACUUUCAGCUACAGCUAAAACUUUGCGCGCUUUACAGCCAGUGUCGGUGCACAGGGCUGAGCUAAAGCCAGUUUGAGGGCUUUGAUAAAAAAAAACUUGUCCCACUCAGCUUCCCGCAGCUACACACCACAGCUAGCAUGUCGUCCAGUACGAAUCAAGUGAAAAGCUGCCCCAUCCCCACCAAGGUGCUCACCCUGAAGGACUGGUCCCAGCUACCGGACUGCUACAGCCAGACUCCCGGGGGGACGCUCUUCUCCACCACACCUGGAGGUACUCGCAUCAUCUAUGACAGGAAGUUUCUCUUGGACUGUCGGAACUCCCCUCUGGCCCGGACCCCCCCAUGCUGUCUGCCCCAGAUCCCAGGGGUAACGGUACCGGCCACACACCCCAUGGGCAAAUUGCAGGAUCUCAAAGAAGAGGCAGAGGAGGAAGAGAAGGACAUUGCAGAUGACAGCCAGUUUGAGAUGGACAUCUGAGCUCCAGUAUUACCUCCUGUGGAGAGUUAUUAGUUAAAACACCUCCAAGGUCAAUAAUGACUGUUGUGCAUUACAUAUAAAGCUUUUUUUUCACUUUUUUUUUUUUUUUUAAAUUAAAAGCUUUUGUGAGGAAGCAGGAAAGAAUGAAGAAGUUAGAAAACAAUAGGGUGUUUUUCACCCUAAAAAAAAGUGUUAUGCUAAGAAAUUGUAUCAAUUAUAUUAACUGGGUUGAUUGGUCGCUCACUCACUUAAGAGCUGCAGCAGGAUUGAAAAAAUCCAUUUUGAUUUCACUUUUUUUAUUUUUAUCUUUUUGUAAAUAAAAAAACUUGUACUAUGUAGCCUAUUUUUUAAGUUGGGGAAUAUAAGAUGAUUACAUUAAGACAUGUAAAGUAGGGUUUUUUUCAGUUUUGUUUUCUUGUAUAUCCCCCAGAAAAGGAAGGCUAACUUUCUUUGGGACUGGCAAACAGAUGUCUCCAUAUAUUGGGGUCAGAGCCUACUGAAAAUCAGCUCCUACUUUGUUUUGUAUGGAGGGAGUAAUGGAAUGUGAAAAAAUAAAAAAAAUCUAAUAAAAGCUGAUGAAACUGUUUUAA